AUGAACUGGGGUUUCCUGGAGAACAUCCUCAGUGGGGUGAAUAAAUACUCGACUGUGAUUGGACGGAUCUGGCUCUCUGUGGUGUUCCUCUUCAGGAUCCUGGUGUACGUGGCGGCGGCCGAGCAGGUGUGGAAGGAUGAGCAGAAGGAUUUUGUGUGCAACACCCGUCAGCCAGGCUGCGAGAACGCCUGCUUCGACCACUUCUUCCCCAUCUCUCAGGUGCGUCUGUGGGCCCUGCAGCUCAUCAUGGUGUCCACGCCAUCCCUGCUGGUGGCGCUGCACGUGGCCUACAGGGAGCACAGAGAGGCCAAACUUAAGAAGAAGCUGUACAAAGACAAAGGGAGCAUCGAUGGAGGUCUGUUCUGCACCUACAUCAUCAGCCUGGUCUUUAAGACGACCUUUGAGGUGGGCUCUCUGCUCAUCUUCUACUUCGUGUACAACGGCUUUGAGGUGCCCAUCAUGAUGCAGUGCAGCGAGAGCCCCUGUCCCAACACGGUGGACUGCUUCAUCUCCAAAGCCACAGAGAAGAAGAUCUUCCUCUAUAUCAUGGGCUGCACCUCCAUCCUCUGCAUCAUCCUGAACCUUGUGGAGCUCAUCUACAUCGCGUGGAAGCAGUUGUGGAAAUAUCUCACCAGGCGGUACGUCCCCAUGGAGGAGAAAGCUUUCUACCGCAGUCAACCAGCUGUCUCUAUUGUCAACAAGUUUGUGUCAGCUGAUCCCAUAGUAAACAAAGAGGACAGCAGCUCGCAGGCGCUACACACAGAGCAGAAAACCAGACAGUCCGGUCCUGAAAGGCUUUAG